AACACAGUGAAGUGAAAUGAAGUCGUAUGAAUUUUAUUUCAUUUAAUCGGUUAUCACCAUAUUCCACUAAAGUUCAUUUUAUAAUAUCCUACAUUUAUGGCUCCAUAAAAUCACAAUUGGUUCAGCAUGUGGGGGCAAACGUGUCUCACAGCUACCGAGAGUUGUACACUUGUUCAUAUGGUGUGGAUAAAUCUUCAAAAUGUAAUUUCAACCUAACAUUCACGGAUUCACAAUAUUCUUAUCUUAUUGCUUGGAGUUGGGUUGGAAGCAGCAAUGGCCUCUGCAAUAAAACACAUAUGUACGGUAUUACUCUCCGUCGUUCUCUUCUCCGCUUCAAGCUCCACGGCGGAGCCGCUUCCUCCUAUUUGGCCGGAGCAGUUCCAUUCCGUUCUGUUCAUGAACAAGAGCGGAAACCUCCAGAAAAUAGACUUAUGGUACGACUGGCCUAACGGUCGAAACUUCAACAUCAUCCAGGAUCAACUCAACGAAGUCGCCGUUUACGAUCUGGAAUGGACCAACGGUACCUCUUUCGUCUACACUCUCCACCCCUCCGACCGCCACUGCAAGAUCCUCUACCCUGGCGUCGGUAUUCUCCGCCGUAAUUGGCUUGACGGUGCUACCUACUUAGGUCAAGAAAAAAUUGAUAAUUUCGUCUGUAAUGUUUGGGAGAAAGUCGAUUUCAUUGUGUAUUACGAAGAAGCUGUAACUCGAAAACCUGUUAAGUGGAUCUUCUCCUCAGGAUAUACGGCACAUGUGAUGACAUUUGAGGUUGGAGCAGUGCUUGAGGAUUCGAAUUGGCAGGCUCCUGUGUACUGUUUCAAUCAGACUGAGAAGAUCUUAGAAUCUGCUGCUGUUCGUGGCGAUUCUUUUGGGAGUUUGAUGAGAGGCAAAUUUGAUGCUGUUCGUGACAUUUAAGGAAAUGGAAUAAACUGUAUAUGCCUAAUCUGUUUCUGCUUUGGAGAUGACUAAUGAUUGUUUAGUUUAGUGAGAGGCACGUCCAUUUUAUAUGGAAAAGGGCAGGCUUGUAUGUUUUGAUGUAGUAAAUCUUAGCAUCCGGAAAUUCUAUGAAGUCUGUUCUGUUGUGUGGAAAUUAUGGACUGUUUUGGUACUUUUAGCGAUUACAGAGUGUGAAGACAAACUUGAUUUGAUGGUGUAUUAUGCCAAUUGUAACCAGGUUUGUGGAUGGUUGAGUUGUUAGCAGAACCAUUUCCAAUUUAUUUGUUAGUAGUAUCAAGAAGUCGAGCAGUCAAUUUUAACAGUGUA